AUGUCUCAGCAGGAAACAGUAAAGAUCACACAAAAGCCUGGCAUCUUUGAGUGUAUUGGCAAUUAUCUUUGCUCUCCUGGAAGACAAUUCACUGUUCAAUCUGCUGCUCCUACACAGUUUAUCAACAAGAAUGCAGACGAUGCAGUGCAAGAAAUUGCCAUCAUUGGCAGCGAUAUACCAAACAACGACUCCAUCUACAAUGAAGCUAAUAGAAAAUCAAUUGGUGCUCGAAUUUUCGACUUUCUGACAGACUUUGCUGGUUCAAGUCUCAUGUUCCUUUUGACAUGCGCUAUCCUUGUGGGUUGGGCUAUUGCUGGUGGUAUUUUAGGCGCUCCUGACGAAUGGCAGAUUGCUAUGCAAGAUGGCUCUAGUAUUCAAUGCUACUACUCUGACUCGCUUUUAAUGCGCCAACAGCAAAACCAUUGCAACAGAUUACUGACCAUCAUUGCUCAACUUCGCUCUAGAAGUGCCACUUUUGAUAAACUCUUACGCUCUACUCAAACAAACAAUCCCAGCUUAAGUUCAAGCGAAUUAAACGAUCUCGCAAAUAAGAUUCCUGAAGAUUCCGUCGGUGAUGCUGCCAAUUUACCCACAGAGAACGCUUACGACGAGAUAUGUAAUUGGGCUUCUAAUGCUGUUGGCUCUCUCUGGGCUUUGAUUGUAUAUAUGGGUGGCAUAUUUGCGUGGAUUGGUGUGGGCCACUCUCUAGGAUUCAGUGAUGAAUGGCAACUUUAUAUCAACACUGGUGUUGCUGUAGAGCUUACUUUUACCUCCAUGUUCUUACAGAAUACUCGUCGUAGACACAUGAACUAUCUUGAAAAAUGCCUCAAAUCUAUUCAACAAGCCGAUAUCAAUUUAGAGAUACGUUUAAGAAAGACAUCUGGUGAUAACACGCCUAAUCCUAUCGUAUCUAUUCAUCCUCACCCUGUUUCUCGCGGCAUUCGUAUCAUUGACUACUACGGAGAUGUUAUUGGAACCGGUCUAGGUCUCUUUAUAUCCGUCUGUGUAUUUAUCGCUUGGUUUGCUAUUGGAAAUGUCAUGGAAUUCAGCGAUGGAUGGUGGUUAAUUAUCGGAACCUAUACUGGCUUGGUGGGCUUUGUGGAUGGCUUUGUGCUGCGAAAUGUGUAUUUCAGACAGGAUAAGCUUUUGGAUGAGCAGUUUGACGUCCUCAUUGACAACGACAAAGCUAUCUUCCAAUACCUCAAUUUGUAUCUUCCUGAGCAAAACAACUUUAAAGAGAGAUCUUUCAGUGAGAGAUUGAGUAACAAGAUGGGAGAUAUCUGCGCACAUCCUUUGGCAGUUCUCUUCUCGUUCGUGGUGGUCAUUGGUCUCAUCUGCGUCGCUAGUGGUAUGCAAUGGAACACAACAGGUCAAUUGCUCUGUAAUACACCUACUAUGAUCAUCGAAGGCUUCCUGCUUAUUGUCUUGCUACACGCUCACAACAUGUCAAAUACCAACAGACGAGUUCAAAUGCAUGACAUCCUCGUACGAAGACUCCGUCUCCUGCAAUUUACUCGCACAAUGACUGGCUCAGACAGCUCUCCAGUUGUUAUUGAUGAAAUGGACCUCACCGGCCUUCAUGUAACUGAAAAGAAACAUCAAGCAUAA